AUGGGCGUUCCAGUGAUUGACAUGAAAAACAUAGACGGAGGAGACAGAGAGGUGAUCAUGGCUGAAAUAGCCAAGGCCUGCGAGAGUACUGGUUUCUUUCAGCUUUUGAACCAUGGCAUAGAGCAUGAACUCAUGGACCGUGUAAAGAAAGUUUGCUCGGAGCAUUACAAGCUUAACAGAGAGCAGAGCUUCAAUGCCUCUUUGCCUGUAAGGUUGUUGAGCAACGCUCUUGACAGCGAUAACGCUGAUAAGAUCGAGAACGUUGAUUGGGAAGAUGUUAUUCAAAUACAUGAGAUGCAGGAGACCAAUUCAUGGCCUUCCCAACCCAGUGAUUUCAAGUACAACUACUCAACUAUUUUGUGCACAAUUCAAACGUUUCUAUAA